GAGUGCUUGGGACAGCACCGGGAUUCCCUUCAUUCCGAGCGAAAUUUUGGAACUGUUAGAACGGAAGCCUCGCGGCGAUCAUGCAAUAUCCAAACAAUUUCAAGUUUGCCUUAGUCUAGACUAUGUGCUUUGGGAGCGAAGCUCAAUAAAGACAAGCGUCCACUUUAUGCUUUCAGAGGAGCCGCUGAGUAUUCCGUUCGAGUUGAGACACGUAGUUUAGCUGCUGUCCAGAUGUCGACUGAUAGGCGCAAGGUUGGGACGCGCUUACCAGUGCAGGCGCUGACACCAGUUCGUGGAAGCAGUGUUUGCCGAGAGCAAUAACCGACAAACUCAUUCUACUAGAACAAAGUGGCCUGGACUCGACAUGUUGAGGAAACCGCUGUUGUCGUAUUUGUGCGUUCUGGCACUUGUGUUGCAGAUAUUACCCGGAACGUUUGCUGGAUCACUGCCGAGCGCUGCCAAAAGUGUGGUGUGGGGACCAGGUCUAAAGGCGAAGGUGGUCCUCCCUGCGCGUUAUUUCUUCAUUCAAGCUGCUGACAGCGACGGGAAAAACUUCACACGCUCCCCUGGAGAGAAGACGUUUGAGGUGAAGAUCUCCUCGCCAACAGAACCAUUCUCCCGCAUCUGGAUCCAGGUUCUGGAUCGAAAUGAUGGUUCCUUCGUGGUGCGGUACCGAAUGUACGCCAGCUACACGGACCUCCACAUCCAAGUUCUACUGCAGGACAAGGACGUAGCCCGAUCUCCGUAUGUUCUCCAAGGUGCAGUAUAUCAUGAGGGUUGUGACUGCCCAGAACCUGAUGGCAAGGUGUGGGCGGAGCAUAUGCAUUGCCCCGCCUCCUUCCCUCAGAUUGACAGCGACCUGUCGCUGUUUCCAGAGGUCCAUCUGCAGAGCAUCGCUGAGGAGAUCCCCAGUCGCUUUGGCCAGCGUCAGAGCCUGUGUCACUACACCGUCAAGGACAACAAGGUUUACAUUAAGACUCACGGCGAACAUGUGGGAUUCAGGAUCUUCAUGGAUGCCUUCCUCCUCUCUCUCACACGCAAAGUGCGUGUGCCAGACCUGGAGUUUUUUGUGAACCUCGGUGAUUGGCCACUGGAAAAGAGGCGGCCCCCUGAGAAGCUCCACCCCAUCUUCUCCUGGUGUGGCUCCAAUGACACGCGAGACAUCGUAAUGCCGACCUAUGACAUCACAGAGUCCGUCCUGGAAACCAUGGGCAGGGUGAGCCUGGACAUGCUGUCGGUGCAGGGCAGCAGUGGGCCCGGGUGGGAGCUGAAGAGCAGCAGCGCUAUCUGGCGCGGCCGGGACAGUCGGCGGGAGCGUCUGCAGCUGGUCAAGAUGGCGCGGGCCCACCCAGACCUGCUGGACGCCGCCUUCACCAACUUCUUCUUCUUCAAGCACGACGAGAGCCUCUACGGGCCGCUGGUCAAGCACAUGUCCUUCUUCAGCUUCUUCAAGUAUAAGUACCAGAUAAACGUUGAUGGAACAGUGGCAGCCUACAGGCUUCCGUACCUGUUGGCAGGAGGGAGUGUGGUUCUGAAGCAAGACUCCCCCUACUACGAGCACUUCUACAGCCAGCUGCGGCCAUGGCAACACUACAUUCCCAUCAAGGCCGACCUCAGCGACCUGCUCGACAAGAUCCGCUGGGCUCGCAACCAUGACGACGAGGUUAAGAAGAUAGCAUUAGCUGGACAGGAGUUUGCACGCACAUACCUAAUGGGAGACGACAUCUUCUGUUACUACUUCAGACUCUUCCAGGAAUACGCUAAGCGGCAGGUGACUGAGCCGGAGGUCCGAGAGGGGAUGGAGUUGGUGGAGCAGCCGACAGACGAGCUCUUCCCCUGCUACUGUUACCACACACAGGCCAAGGAUGAGCUUUGAAAGAUCAUUGGGUCAGUUGUGAAAGCAUCCCCUGAUCUGCCGUUACAUAUGACAGCAUUUCCUAAGUGCACAUGUUGGGGUGGCCCCUCCCCCAUGUAACACAGUAACAAUUCUACUGAAUGUUAGUUUUAUAAGAUUUUAAUAAAUAUUUUUUCCAAUA